GUGGUGCGAACGGUGGUGGCGCUGGACAGGGAGGCGGCGCGCGGCUACUGGCUGUCCAUCGUGGUGUCCGACGGGGGAGCGGCGCCCCUCACCGACACCUGCCAUGUCUUUGUUGAAGUCGAGGACGUGAACGACCACAUCCCCCAGACGGAGGAGCCCGCCUACCACACCUACGUGGCCGAGAACCUGCCGCCAGAUACCUCCGUCAUAGCGCUGCGGGCCUCGGACGGUGACCUGGCGCCCUCCAACAUCUCCUUCGCCAUCACCAAAGGGAACCAGCUGGCUCGCUUCAAGAUACACCCGCAGACAGGCGCCCUCACAACCCUGGUGCCGCUGGACAGGGAGGAGCAGGCGGACUACGAGCUCUGGGUGCGGGUGAGCGACGGCCAGCUGUCCUCCGUCACCCCGGUCUUCAUCACCGUGAGCGACGUCAACGACAACCCGCCCGAGUUCCUGGAGCCGCUUUACCGCGUCACCGUCCCCGCCCGCAGCAAGACCAAGAAACGGGAGGCGCUCUUCAGGCCCGAGCCAGAGGACGCGUGGGGGGACUGGGUCACUUUCUCGCCCUCACAGAUCACCGUCCACGACGACGCCUUGUUCAGGGUGUUCGCCAGAGAUGCGGACGUCGGCAUGAACGGUGACCUGGACUACAGCAUCAGGACCGGCAAGGGCAAGAAGGGCCGCUUCAAGAUCCACCCGAAGACUGGCCAAGUGUACAGCAACAAGGCCUUUCCCCCGAGCAAGACCUUCGAUUUGAUGAUCCAGGUGAAGGACAACGGGGCGCCGCAGCUGACGGCCACCACGCGGGUCCUCCUGCGUGUGGUGGACGUGCCCGAAGCGUCUCCCAACCCGCCGGUGCUGCAGCCGCCGCCCCCCGCCCACGUGAUGGAGACGGACGCGCCGGGCCACCUGGUGUCCUUCAUCAACGCUCAGGACCCGGAUAACGACACCUUGUGGUACUACAUCACAGAGGGCGACGAGAGCGGGAGGUUCAGCAUGGGCGUGGACUCUGGCCUGGUGAGCCUGGCCCGCCGCCUGGACCACGAGGAGCAGCACCACUACGCCCUCACCGUCACGGCCACAGACGGCGUCCACACCGCCGCCACCAAGCUCGUGGUGGAGGUGAUGGACGCCAAUGAUCACCGGCCUGUGUUCAGCGCCAGGACCUACGGGGGUGCCGUGAGCGAGGACGUGGCGCCGGGGUCCACCGUGGUCACCCUGCAAUGCCGAGACAGGGACCAGUCACCCACGGCGUCCUCCUCCGUCUACUUCACGCUGCACCACGCCCAGGCCUUGGCGUCCCAGGGCCUCUUCACCGUGGACUCCUUCACCGGGGACCUCAUCGUGGCCGAGCCCCUGGACAGGGAGGUGUCCAGCGUCCACGAGCUGACCGUGAGCUGCAGGGACCGCGGCAGACAGGAGAACGCAGACUUUGCCCGCGUGGCCGUGACGGUGGAGGACGCCAACGACCACGAGCCCGUCUUCCUGGAACCCGUGAUCAUCGCCAAGGUGAGCGUCGGGGCCGCGGCGGGCACGGCGGUGGUGCGGGUGAUGGCGCUGGACCACGACAAGGGCGACAACGGCAGGAUAUCCUACUCCAUCUUCGAGGGUAAUGCUGGAGGAAUCUUCAGCAUUGACACUGCCCUCGGCGUGAUCAGCCUCACCCGAACCCUGGCCGAGGCCCAGCCCCCGGAGUACCUGCUGCUGGUGCGGGCCACGGACCACGCCGCGCAGGCCCGCGCCGCCUCGGUGCCAGUGCGGGUCAUGGUGACCGCCUCGCAGAGCUCGCCGCCCUCGUGGCAGGGCAAUAAGCCGCGCGUGGAGGAGGUCGGGGAGUGGGUGGCGGUGGGCACGGCCCUGGCGCGCGUCACGGCGUCCUCACCGUCGGCGCUCCACUACACGCUGACGGGCGGGAAUGAGAACGGUGCCUUCGUCAUCAGCCCCGCCUCGGGGGUGGUCAGCGUGGCCACGUCCCUGGACUACGAGACCACAGCCUGGUACAACCUGACCAUAACGGCCACCAACCUGGCCGGGGUGUCCCGCAACACGUGGCUGGGCGUGACGGUCCUCGACGAGAACGACUGGUGGCCGGAGUGGGUGCGGCUGUCCUACCACGGCAGUGUCCUGCAGACCGCCGGCCGCGGCGCCCCCGUGCUGGCCGCCCACGCCCACGCCCAGGCCAGCCCCAGCCAGCUUACGGUGACCGCCCGGGACCGUGACCAAGGCUACAACGGCAGAGUGACCUACACGAUCGUGGAGAAGGACAUCACAAAGUUGUUUUCAAUCAACCGCCACACAGGAGCUGUGUGGGUGUCUGGCAGCCUGGACAGAGUGGCCGGCACCACGGUGAGGCUGAGUGUGUGGGCCACGGACGGGGGCAGCCCCCGGCGGGAGUGUGUGGCCCCCGCCCCGGUCUUCAUCUCGGUGAGGGAGGUGAAGGCUGCCCCCGUGGCCUUCCCCGAGACCCACUACUCAGCCAUCCUCUACCUGCCAACCUACCCCGGCGUGAGGGUGUUCUGCCUGGGCCGGGAGGAGCAGCCACACCAGCACGUGGAAGUGAGCGCCAUCACACAGAUCUCAUAUUCCAUCGCUGCCGGCGACGACAGAGAAAACUUUGUGUUUGACAACGUUAGCAAGUGUGUCAAGGUCCAGGACCAGUACAGCCUCAAGCCUCACUACAACCUCACCCUCCAGGCCACCGACGGGGCCGCCUCGUCCACGGCCACGGCGGAAAUUCUAAUUGAAGAAGCGCCGCUGUCCACUCUGGUCUUCACUGAGGACCAGUACUGGGCCAACGUCAUCGAGAACUCCACCAAGGAGAUGAACGUUGCUGCCCUGGGAGUGAAGGGUCAGCCACUCAACCACCACGUCCACUAUUCAAUUCUCAACCCAAACAGUAAAUUUGAAAUCCACCCGACUGCUGGUGUCAUCAAGACCACCGGCAAGUCCUUUGACCGGGAGGCUGAGGACCACUACACGCUGGUGGUGGAGGCGCAGGACAUCGAGGGCACGGCAAAUGUGGCCCAUGUGCUGGUCCACGUGGCGGUGAUGGACGUGAAUGACAACGAGCCGGUGUUCCUCAACCAGCCCUUCCACGCCCUGGUGUCCACUGUGUCCCCGCGCGGCCAUGUGGUUACUAAGGUCCAGGCAAUAGACGCUGACUCAGGAGAGUUUGGGAGUGUCCGCUACGAGCUGGUGCGAGGCAGCGGUGAGCUCUUCGCUGUGAAUAAAAAGUCAGGUGAAAUCUCCCUGAAGCAGACGCUCCUGGCAGCCGACAAGACCUACAGCCUCACCGUUGCUGCCUACGACGGGGGGAAGCCUCCCCUCAGCUCACAGGCUCACGUCCUCAUAAGGGUGGUGUCCUCUGAAGGGCCAAUGUUCACCGCCGCACGGUAUGAGGCAGCCGUGCCGGAGAACGCCGCCGAGGGCACGCCUGUUGUGAGGGUGGAGGCCGCCAGCCCUUCCGGGGAGCCCAUCAUGUACACCAUCGUGGCCGGGAACAUUGAGGAGCUGUUUGGCCUCGACUAUUCCACAGGUGGCAAUGCAGUGGAUCUUGAAUGCGUUGUCCAGACCACUGCCCUGCUGGACUACGAGUCCUCCACCAGCCACAACCUGACGGUGCGGGCGCGGGAUCCCUUCACUGGCGGCCACACGGACACCCACGUCACCGUCACGGUCACGGACGUCAAUGACAACCCUCCGGAGUUUAGCCGCUCUGUCUUCAAGGGGGACGUGUCGGAGGCUGCAGCGCCGGGCCACGUGGUGCUGCAGGUUUCAGCAAGUGACAUGGACACUGGCCCGGGUGGUUCAGUGCGCUACUCGUGUCUCAGGGAGUGCGACAGCUUUGAGGUUCGUGCCCUGGAUGGUGCCGUCAUACUCACCAAGGAGCUGGACGCUGAGACUGAGGCUCAACACGUGCUGACUGUGCUGGCAACAGACUCAGGAAUACCUCAGCUCUCCUCCACCGCCACAGUGGUCAUUGAUGUUGUGGACUUCAAUGACAACCCUCCAGCGUGGCGGCAGGACAGCUACUCCUGCCGCGUAUCGUCCGAGGCCCAGCCCGGCCAUGUGGUCACCUCAGUAUCCGCCACAGACCCCGACGCUGGUCAGGUCACACCACUCAGCUAUGCCAUUCACUCUGGAGACCGAGGCGCCAUCUUCAAAAUGGAUCAGCUGACUGGUGUGCUAACAGUGACGGCCCCACACAAGCUCAAGAACGUAACCUCCCUCAACCUGAACCUGUCGGUGAGUGACGGGGUGCAUGUGGUCUUCACCGGCCUGCACGUCGAUGUGGUGGCCUCCAAUCACCACGCGCCCAGGUUCAAUCGCACGUUCUACGAAGCUUACGUGGAGGAAAACUCAUCUCCCGGCCAGCUGGUCAUCAACCUUGUGGCCACGGACCUUGACGUCUGGGACCUGGGCAAGCUGAGAUACACCAUCCUGCACCAGACCUCAGAGGGAGCCUUCACCAUGGACAAGGAAGGCAAUCUAUACACCGAGACACCCCUGGAUCGCGAGUCCCUGCCCGUGCACAACCUCAAGGUGUCUGUGAUGGACGAGGGGGGCCGGGCCAGCUUCACGGCAGUGCGAGUGACGGUGCACGACAAGAACGACAACCCACCAGUCUUUACGCUGCCGGAGUACCAGGCAAACAUCAACACUGACGUGGCUCCCAGGACAACCAUUCUCAAGGUCGAGGCCAGUGACGCGGAUGAAGGAGUGAACAGUGAGGUGAAGUACCGCAUGUAUGAAGCCAACAGUUCCGAGGCCCUGGAGCUCUUCUCAGUCAACCCAACCACCGGCGAGGUCACUGUGGCUCAGACCAUCCACAACCGAGAAAAUGAAGUGUACCAGUUCUUCAUCCGUGGCGAGGACAGCGGCUCCCCACACCACCACGCCGAUGUGCCUGUCACCAUCUUCCUGCUGCCCCCGCAUGAGGACCCCCCGCACUGCGCCAGGAAGUAUGCACAAUUCUUCAUCAGGGAGGACGCCCCCAUCGGUAGUGUUGUCACGUCCCUGUGGCUGGCGGGGCCGCAGGAGGUGCAGUACUUGAUCAUGGUAGACGAGGACAUGAAGGCAGCCAGCGAGGAGAGGGAGUCUGGGGAGAGUUCAGGGCCGUUCACUGUGACCCCCACUGGCCUGGUGGUGGUGCACAGGGCCCUGGACCAUGAGCGGCGCCGCACGCACCGGAUCACAGUCACAAACCGCACACUGGCCACGCCACCCACGCUGGACUACAUGACCAUAUCCGUGGUGGUGAUGGACGUGAAUGACUGCCCUCCACGCUUCCCUGAGUCCAGCUACACAGCCCUGGUGGCCGAGAACAGCGAGGUUGGCGCCACCGUCACCAUCCUCACGGCCUCUGAUGACGAUGAAGGGAACCAUGGCCAGAUCCAGUACAGCCUCGGCCCCGAUGAAAGCGCUGUAGUGAAGUCAACGUUCCGCAUUGAUCCCCACACUGGGACGCUGACCCUGGCCGCCCCGCUGGACCGCGAGACCAUGGCCCAGUACUCCUUCACAGUCACGGCCACUGACGGGGGCCCCAAGCCUCUGUCCACCAGCACAAGAGUCACUGUAAUGGUCCAGGACUACAAUGACAACCCUCCAGUGUUCACCAAAGACACUUAUGUCACUGCUGUGCCUGAGGACACGGCCACGGGCACGGCGGUGGUGGAGCUCAGCGUGACGGACGCCGACCAGUCUGUGGCUGAACUGGACUUCUUCAUCACCGGCGGCGACCCUGACGGCCAGUUCCUGGUGCACGCCUCAGGGGAGGUGUACGUGGCCGGUGAGCUGGACCGGGAGAGGCAGGCCGAGUACACCCUCACCGUCACCGUCACCGAUGGGAAGUUUACGGCCAACACGACUGUUACUGUGACCGUCAUCGACAUCAACGACAACGGCCCGGUGUGCAAGGAGCCAAUCUACCGGCGGGAGAUCUCCGAGGACGCCACCCCAGGCACCCACGUGGCCUCCAUUGUGUCCUGGGACGCUGAUGAAGGCACGGCUGCCCGGAGCCGCUACAUCCUCACCGGGGACAGCGCCAACCACUUCAGUAUUGACCAGCUGAGUGGCCACGUGUCCACGGCCACACAGCUGGACAGAGAGGCACGGGACCACUACCACCUCGAAGUUGUGGUGGAGGACUGGGAGCACAAGGCCUGGCAGUGUGAGGUGGUGGUGGAGGUCCAGGUGACGGACACAAACGACAACCCCCCGUCCUUCUCCCUGGCCGCCCAUGCCGCCACCCUGCCCGAGGACGCGCCCAUCAACACCGUCGUCGUCAAGAUGUCUGCCACCGACCCUGACCUUGGCAUCAACCGACGUCUGCGGUACAACUUUGUGGACUCAGCAGAGGGCCACUUCACCAUUGACGAGGUGGAGGGCGUGGUCAGCCUGGCCCGGCCCCUGGACCGUGAGACGAGGGACUCCUACAGCCUGACGGUGCGCGCCGUGGACCAGGGAACCCCACCGCUGUCGUCCACCACGCAGCUCAUGGUCACGGUCUCAGAUGUGAAUGACAAUGCGCCGGAGUUUGUGAGGAAGCUCCACGAAACUUCUGUGGCGGAGAACACGGCCGUGGGGACAGAAAUCUUGCGGGUCAUGGCCACCUCAAGGGACAUCGGCGUCAACGCAGAGAUCUCUUACUCCCUGCAGCACACCACCCUGGAGGAGUACCUGCACAUACACCCUAAGACUGGUGUGAUAAGCAUAGGCGCUGAGGUGGACUUUGAGCAUGUGCAGCAGGUGGUAGUGACGGUAGUGGCCACAGACGGAGGGGUGCUGCCACUGUCCUCCACGGCCCUGGUCAACCUAACGAUCACCGAUGUGAACGACAACUCCCCGGUCUUCACGCUGCCGUCCUACACCGCCACGGUCAGGGAGGACGCACUGCAGGGGGCCAGUGUGGUGCAGGUCUCGGCCAGUGACAUCGACUACGGCGUAAACAGCUUAGUCCGCUACAGCAUCAGGGCGGGAAAUGAUGACCACUGCUUCACCAUUGACGACCACACUGGAAUUAUCACCGUCAUCAAGAAACUGGAUAGGGAGAAGGUCGCACAGUACCAGUUGACGGUGGGUGGCAGGGACUUGGGCAGCCCCAGCAACACUGCCAUCACUCAGGUCACAAUCCAGGUGGGCGACGUCAAUGACAACGCUCCCAAGUUCACACAAGACAACUAUACCGUGAUCGUUCAGGAGAACCGACCUGUGGGCUACUCAGUGAUCCGCCUCAUGGCCACCGAUGCCGACGCUGACCCCAGUGGCGCCCCCUUCACAUGGGAGGUGAUCAACCAGCCUGUGGAGAGCCGUGCCUUCACCCUGGACCAGGAUGGAUCACUGAGGCUGGCCACCAAUAAACUCAACCAUAAGGUCCAGGAUCAGUACGUGGUGCAGGUGCGAGUGUGGGACAGCGGCUCACCACCUCUCCACGCCAACACCCAAGUUACCAUCAGCGUGGUGGAGGAGUCUCGCUUCCCGCCAACACUCUUCCCGCUUAAAACCGUGGUCAUCAGUUUCCGGAGUGCCUUUCCUGGGGGCAUCAUCGGGCGGGUCACUGCACUGGACCAGGACCCCUAUGAUACCCUGCAGUACUCCGUGGCGCCCUACCCAGAGGAAGUCAGCUCCAUCAAGUACUUCGACAUUGACAGUGAGGACGGCACUCUGGUGGCACUGACGCCGCUUGAUGCCGGGAACUACAGCGUCAACGUCAGUGUGUCGGACGGGAGGUACCAUCGCACCGUGCAGGCUUCCAUCGAGGUCUCCGUGGUCACUGAGGAAAUGGUUGAAAAUGCCGUCAUCAUCCGCCUGGGUCCUCUGUCCUCCGAUGAAUUUCUCUCCAGGUAUCAGAAAUAUUUCCUCAAAGCUAUUGCCAUGGAGCUGUCGGUGCAGGAGCAUUCUGUGGUCCUGGUCAGCCUGCAGCCAGCCCUCGUGCACUCACACUCUUUAGAAAAAAUAGAUUACAUUCCACAGCGUUCCAAGAGAGACAUACAGAGGAGUCUUGAUGUUCUGAUAGUUGUCAGACUCUUUGAAAUCUACAUGACAAGAGAACAUCUGUUGCUGAAGCUAAAAGAAAAGCAAGUUGACAUAAAAGAGAAGCUUGGCUUGCCCUUUGUGGACAUCAUGGAGUCCCUGUGUGUGUCUGGCUCAGAGUGUGGCGGCCAUGGGGACUGUGUGGACGUGGUGGCCAUCAGUGAGGACGUGGCCGUGCCUUUCAACACACAGCUGUCCAGUCUGGUUGCUCCAGGGUUCACUCAGGAAGUUGGCUGUGUGUGUGACCAAGGGUAUGGAGGCCAGAACUGCACCACUUUGGUCAAUGCCUGUGGGCACCGACCCUGUGCCGAGUAUGAGGAGUGUGCACCCACCAACACCAGCAGCAGAGGCUACACGUGCCAGUGCCCUGCCGGCAGAGCAGGACCUUCGUGCCAAGUGGACCUGACAAAGUGCCGCAGCCCUGCAUGCCACUACCCACUGAGGCCUCUCUCCUUCAAGGGAAAGAGCUAUGCCCAGUACAGCAUAGCUCAGCAAAGUGAGAGCAGCUCGCUGAUGCUGAGUGCCUUCAUGCGCACCAGACACCCGGUGGGAACACUGGUCUUUGCUGCCGGGGACGUGGACUACAGCGUGCUGGAGGUGGCCGGUGGACAUGUGCAGUACCGCUGGGACUGUGGCAGCGGGGAGGGGCUGGUCAGGGUGUCCACAGUGAGGGUCGACAAUGAUGCGUGGCACUUCAUCAACCUGACCAGAGAUGGCACCAUAUCAACACUGAGUGUGGAUGGCGAGGUGAGUUCAGGAGCGGCGCCGGGUGCUAAUGACAUUCUGAACAUGGAUUCAAACUUCAUGUAUCUCGGUGCUACCCUCAACAGUGAACCAGAGUCAGGCAUGUCUUCUUAUUCCCAAAGCAGCCUGGGGUUUGUGGGUUGCCUCGAUCAGAUCAUUAUUGAUGGCACCGAGCUUCCCGUGGCAAUAACAGGGACGGCCUCCGGGGGUACGGUGCUCACGCGCCUGGCCAACGUGGAGCUCCAGUGUCCAGGUGUGCUGCCCCUGGCCGGCGUGUGUGGCUCCUACCCUUGCCAGAAUGCUGGGACAUGCAUAGAAAAUGAAGGUUCUUAUAAGUGUAAUUGCCCUCCACGCUUUACCGGAGCACAGUGCCAGGUGGACACGGCUCCCUGCUCCUCCUCACCCUGUCUGAAUGGAGGCAAAUGUGUUGUUGUUGGCCACACCUAUAAGUGUCAAUGUCCUUCAAAACUGAGUGGAAAGCGUUGUGAAUAUGGUGUUUUCUGCAACCCAAACCCGUGCCAGAACGGCGGUCGCUGUGAGGAGGGUGCCGAUGGGCCUAUAUGCAAGUGCCAACACUUUACCGGUGCAAUGUGCCAGCUGGACAUUGACGAGUGCACCCGCAACCCUUGCCAGAGCGGGGGAACCUGCCUCAACUUCUUUGGUGGGUUCAAGUGCAUAUGUUCCUCCAAUGUUACCGGUGAAUACUGCACAGAGGCCGUUAGGAAGCCUGAAGAGCCGUCCUCCUCCCUGAACAUCACCCUGGAGGAGCUGCUGUGCAUCCUGGCCGUGUUCCUGGGGUGCGUGAUGGCUGUGCUGCUGCUGGGGGCCUGGCAACGGCGGCGGUGGAGGCACAAGCGUCACCAGCAGAACAACCGCGUCAAGCUCACGGACCACCACGUGAAGAACGACCUCAAGGCGAAUGACACUCCAAAAAGAAACUCCAAAAUCUGCAACGUGGAGGCGGACCAGCAGGGGCCGCCGCUGCCCCCCCGCCCGGCCUCCUACACCCCCAGCGGCAACGACUCCGCCAUUCUCAACACCCUCAAGCACCUGGCAGACCUCUCUGCCGCGGGCCACGAGAGCCUUGAGUUGGAGACACUCUCGCGAUGCUCCCAUGAAUUCCUCCACAGCCUUAACAAGCCCGUGGUCAUGCCGCCCAACCUCUCCCCUCCGCCGCCCUCCAACAGUGACUCCGACUCUCUCCACAAGCCCUGGGACCACCACAACAACCUCAACGACUCGUACUUCAUGCCAAUCAAGGACGUGGGCUGUGACCUGGUGACCAACCUCGGCGAAACCCACACCUCCUCGGCCCGCCAGUCCCCCUUCUCGGACGAUUCUUCAGUGAGGGGCCAGGCGUCAGGGCCCCCCGCCGUGCCCCCUCUCCCCAGCCCCCACCUCCUGUCUCGCCGGUUCCCAGCACAUUUAGACCACCCUCCGGAGGCCAUCACAGCUGAUAGUGACAACACCGGAAGACUGUUGCAUGGCCCUCAGAGCCAGGCCUCUGCCUUGCGUGGGCCCUACACAAGGGUUCCCUGUGGCCCAGGAGUCUCUAAGGCCCUGAGAGAGGGACAUCCACCGGGCCGGCAGAAGAAGAAAGGCUACCAUUGGGAUGACUAUGACAUGCGUGGCCCUCACACGCUGGUGGGCGAGGGGGCCACGGCCGCCCCGCCAGACCUGCUGAUGCUGAGCCAGGGCACCUCCCUCAUCCAUGGAGACGACCCCAUGGAGGGAACACCACUGCUGCCAUGCUCUGCUGCCACACCCCUGCUGAGUGUGGACGCCCGGGGUGGUCCAGAUGGCCGGGAUGCGCCAGACGGCGACGAGGACAAUGAUGAUGAUGAUCCCUGCAGCUUUGAGGAAAUACUUCUGGCAAAUAAUAUAUCUGUUGACUCUUGCCAAGACCUGACUCUUGACCAUUCGUCUAAAUACAACAUUGUCUCGGACCUUGAAGACGACUGCCCAGAGUCAGCCCUGAAGAUAUCCAACGUGCCUUCCAUCGUCGAGGACGCCAACAGGCUGGGCAGCCCCAGGAGCCGCCGCCCCUUCCACCGCAGAGACUACAGCCACGUGUCGGACCUGUCCUUCCUCUCCGCCCUGGAAGAGGAAGGCGUUGAUGACUCAAUGUCUGAACUCCAGGAGUCUGACUAUGAGCCGCGGGAUAGAGUCAGUGAGCCCCUGACACCCACACUGGUGCAGACUUCCCUCUCAGAAGUGUUUCUAUAGUCUUGUGAUGUGACCACGGCUGCUGCUGCUGCUGGACAAGGAAGCAAAAACUUUUUACCCCACCAGCUCCCACCAGUUUGUUUAACAUUAAAUUAAAUUUGUGGGAAAUUAUAUUUGUGGGAAAGAUAAAUAUGAAAUAUAUGAUAGUAGGUAGAUAGAUAGGUGGACAGAUAGAUUGACAGAUAGAUGGAUGAAUAGAUACCUAAGUAGAUGUACUGAGAGAAAGAAGAAAUUGUUAAAUAUACAUUUAUACAAAUAUAUAAAUAACAUACACACUCUGUUCAGGUUUCAGACAAACUUGCAUUCAUGGAAAGAUAACUAGAAUCUAAUUUAGCUCAAACUAAAUUCAUUAUUCCAUAAAGAAAAAAUGUAGUAGGUGUACAUGGUUACUUUCUGCUACUCCAUGAAAACCUGGAAUGACAGAAAACACUUCUCUCAAGUAUCUAAAACAUCACAAACAGUGUGCAACAUUUUCCCAAGCCAAGCCUUCACAUGUCCGGUCAAGCACGACGCAAAGCAGGACACACUUUUUACCAACAAGGCUGAGCUCAAUGAGUCGAGAUUCAUCAAAAGUUUUGUGCAAGCAAGCCAAGGACAGAACCGCUAUGACUGAUGAGGACGUGAUAUCUCAGGACGGUGAAGGAGGCCACUUCUACCCAGCCUAGGGGGGUAUCAAGCUGCUGCCAAGGGUAGGGUUUCACAUUAGAGAAACAGGAUGAGUGGGUGAGUGUGUUGUGAGCCACAAGCCACAGAGCUGUUCCCGUGUGGACUGAAGGCUGCUGUACUGAAGGGGGAGGCGGUGGCUGAGUCGACAGUGUCACAACGCCACGUUCAGGACGAUGUGAGUUCAAUCCCCGCCCGGUGCCACCAAGCUGGGAUUUUUCAGCCGCCACCGAGUGGCUUAAAACUACCUACAUGCUGUCCAGAAGACCACCUAUCAACCCGGACUGUAGAUUCUAGGAUUAAAGAUGUGCUCCGGGAGGGCAGCAUGAGCCAAUGCAAGAUGGCGCCACUAUAAACACUGGCCUGCGCCACAGUGGGCUGGGCCAUACCAUCAGGCCCCUCCAAAAACAAGCCUACUGGCGCCACAGGUGAAAAAAAAAAAAAAAAAAAACAUGCUUCAAGCCAGACUGUACAGACGGACCUCAAGAAGACACAGGAGAGGAUGUACAUAAGCCACCGUGUUGUAAAAUGUGUUACACCAUUUUUUGAUACUUUUGUAUGUUUUCAUAGAGGCUGAAAAUGCAAGUGCACCUAUUACCAUUAUUCCUCAUGGGAAUUUUAAGUUAAUGUAAUUCACAGUCUGCAACCUUUCCAUGAAUGCAAAUCCACAUGAGUCACUAACAGGACAUACAAAGAGCAGGUUUCGGUACAUUACUGGUACAGUCGCCUCUCGAUUAACAUGAGUUUAAAUAACGUGUUUUUGAUUAAACACGAGUUGAUAUUUAAGGAGAUACAUUUAACUAAUGCGAUAUGUUCAAUUUAACAUGAGUUUCAUCAAUGACGUCAUCGAGCGUGACGUCAUCCAUGAAACAUUAUUAAUACAUUGGUGGGAAACAACGAAAAGGUUAGAGUAACAAAAUCCUCAAAAUAGGCAGACUUUCCCAGUGUCCAGGAACGUAACCCCCCUAUUACCAUUGUUUCCUAUGGGGAAAUUAUGUUUAAAUAACAUGAUUUUAAAUAACGCAACAUUUCCAGGAACGUAACCCUCGCGUUAAUCGAGAGGUGACUGUACUGCAUUUUUAUUUCAUGCAACAACUAUUUUUUUUUAUACUUUUCUACUCCUUUCCUACGACCAAUAACUCGGCUCACAAUUUAACCACCAGCCAGUCACACCCUGCACUGACUCCCCACGCAGGACAGUGACCUCUCCUGACAGUGCGACACUCAAGACUCACUGAGGAGCCUCCCAGCCGGAGUGUCUCAGAGGCAGGUCAUUACUAUGGUGCCUUGAGGACUGCUGCCAGCCUCUACACAUGGAAAUUGAUAUUUGAUACUACAAUAUGAAAAAGUGAAAGCUAGAGAGUUCAUAUUCCUUUACUGAGAUAAAUAAAUGAAUAACUAACUAAUCUUUAUAUAUGGGAACAUCUUUUCAUAACUCCUGAAACUGUUGAGUUAUCCAAUACAAAAUGUGCUGCCUACAAGUUACUCCCAUGUGAACGCACAAAAGUUGAACUCUUCCUGUGAUGGUAUAGUCUGCCGGAGUGAGUGAGGGUUGAAAAGUCUUGUUAGCAUCAAGUGUGUAGUGUGCAGAGUCAAGCAACAUGAUGCACUGUGUCCAACAAACUCUUUGGCUAAUAACUGACGACCUUUUUACCGAGUGUCACGUAGUUUUGAGUUUUUUUAGUGCAUUUCUUUAUUGUUACGUGUGUCAUUUUCCCAAAAACAUUAGUGUCAUAAAAUCAUAGCAUGCAUUCAAGGACCUGAGUGAUGUGCAGGAAACAGCCACACACGUGAAUGCCGGAAAGACGGGACCUGUGAAGAUACAUGAAUGGUUUCUCUUGACACGGUUUUGUUUCUUGUGGACUAGUCAUUAUUGAUACAGAGUAGAACAAGUGCCUAUGCAAGAGAUCAUUAUAUAUUGUGUAAGGUAAUUCAUGUUCAGAUGGACCAGUGAGAUACAUCCUGGAGCAUCAGCAGCAUGGCAUGAAGGGAUCAUCCAGAGGCAUUGCUGGGAGCUGGUGCCCUCCACCACUGUGCCCGCCACCAUCACAAUGGCAUGAAGGGAUCAUCCAGAGGCAUUGCUGGGAGCUGGUGCCCUCCACCACUGUGCCCGCCACCAUCACAAUGGCAUGAAGGGAUCCCCCAGAGGCAUUGCUGGGAGCUGGUGCCCUCCACCACUGUGCCCGCCACCAUCACAAUGGCAUGAAGGGAUCCCCCAGAGGCAUUGCUGAGAGCUGGUGCCCUCCACCACUGUGCCCGCCACCAUCACAAUGGCAUGAAGGGAUCCCCGAGGCAUUGCUGGGAGCUGGUGCCCUCCACCACUGUGCCCGCCACCAUCACAAUGGCAUGUAGGGAUCCCCGAGGCAUUGCUGGGAGCUGGUGGCCUCCACCACUGUGCCCGCCACCAUCACAAUGGCAUGUAGGGAUCCCCGAGGCAUUGCUGGGAGCUGGUGGCCUCCACCACUGUGCUGCCACCAGCCCAGGCAGCGUCACUCACUGCUCCACCUGGACGUGCUGCACCAUAACAACAUAGUCAACAAAAUAAUUACCUUUUUGUACUAUAUUUUUCUUUUAAUAUAUAAAUAAGUCCCGUAUAUAUAUAUAUAUAUAU